AUGUUCAGCUUCAGGUCUCACGGCCUCCUGGUGGGGCUCAUCAUCCUCGUUGGCCUGGCUUCUCCUGCCUUUGCCUUCGGUGCUGGCAACAUUGCCUCAAUCUCCAAGGUUGAGGGCCAGAACUGGCGACACGGCGAUAUCGAAGAUGCUCUCCUCACCCUCACCCUGGCCCGUGCCCUCAAUGGCAAAAAGUUCAACAAGAUCAACGUUUCGCGCACGUACUUUGGAAACUGGCUCCGAGAUUACUCCCAGGCUGUCGAUGUCGGCACUGUCAAGUCCGUUUCUGCCGAAGCCAUCCGUCUCCUCCUUUGCGUUCUCGGCUUCAUGACCUUUGGCUACGGAUCCGGCGAGUUCGAGGUUACCGCUGAGCGACUGGGCUGCUACCGCCCUGAGGAGCACAUCGACAACCCCAAGGACUACGCCGAGAAUGUCGACGCUCGCCAGUAUGACCGUCGCCUUCGAGGUCCCAUUGAUGAGGAACGAGAGCUCUCGAUCGACCCAGAGACGGGCAUGAAGAACUACAUUGCCAACGAGCGCGCCGGUAUCAUGACCUCUGCCAAGCUUGUCAGACGCCUCUUUGGCGGUAUGAUUGAGCUCGGCCGCCGAUACAAGGAUUCUCAGCGAAAGGCAGACAAGUAUGAGGCUCUCCGUCUCAUGGGCACUGGACUGCACUGCCUCGAGGAUUUCUUUGCUCACAGCAACUACACCGAACUUGCACUUAUUGAGCUGGGCGAACGUGAUGUCUUCCCUCACUGUGGUCGUAACACCGAGAUCAACCUUGAGGGUGCUCGUGACCGUGUCUACCCCAUCGUUACUGGUACCUUUGGUGGUGUUGAUUUCUUGCAUUCCGUCACUGGUGAAGUGUCCGACAAGCUGACCCAGAAUGAGAUUGACGAACUCGAGGGCACUCUUCAGCAGGGCGCCGCGUCCGAUACCAGCAUGCUCCGGGACUUGCUGGACAAGAUCCCCGACGGCAUCUUUGGUAACAAGCACCAGAGUGAUCGCGUCGAUGAGCUCCAGCAGAACGCCGCCACGGCUCAGAUGGAGAAUGUUUCCGUCUCCCCUCGUGACCCUGAGGAGUUCACCCUCUACGUCCAGAACGUCUUCAAGCAGGUCAUGCCUGCCAUUGAGUUCCAUGAUGACAUCAUGAAGAGCAUCUCGGGCGCCGUUGAGAAGAUCCCUGUGCUGCCUAAGAUCAUUGAGCAGCUGGAGGAGCAGCUUUCCGUCUUCAUCUUCUCCAUCAUUGCCCCCUUCAUCGUCCCCCUGAUCCAGCAGAUCCGCAACGAGCUCAAGACUGGCUCCGACGAGAUCAUUGAGAGCAGUGAGCGCGAGCAGCACAUUGUUUUCCAUAAUGAUGACUCUAGCGAUCCCACUCACUCCAUGCUGUCCAAGGACCACUUCUCCAACAUUCUCAACGAAAUUGCCGGCCGAAACGCUGCCAGCAUGGUGCACUGGGUUGUCCCUCAGCUCAUGGACGCCGUUGAUGAUGAGAGUGUCGAUGUGGAUAGGCUCCUCGACGACAUAAUCGGCGGUAUCCUGCAUCACCCUGCCCAGCGUGAUAUGGGCAACCGCAAGGUCCAGGAGGGCCGACGCCGCUGCUACGAGAACGUCAAGGAGUGGUGGGGUGAGAUGGGCGAUGACCAGCGUGAGGACUACCGUCGCAAGCUGACCCGUGACGGCGUCCAGAACGGCGAGAACCACAAGGAGGGCGUCUAUGACACUGGUCACGGCCACGGCUGUGCUGGUAAGCUCAAGAUGCGCAAGCUCUACGGUGGUCCCGAGACUAUUGAGGACAAGAUUGCUGGUGCCGCCGCCGAUGCCAUCUUCAAGGGUGCUACUGGCGCUCUUUCUGGUAUGGUUGAGCAGAACACCGGCUACAAGAUGCCCUCUUCCGGCCGUAAGGAGGAGAAGGAGGAGGGUGGCUUUGGCGGAUUCCUCAACGCUGCCAGCUCCAUCCUUGGAGGAGCUUUCAACAGUGAUGACACCAGGCGUGAGACCAGCAGCCGCCGCGAGGACGACGGAUCGUAUACUCGCACCGAGACCGAGUAUGGCCGUCAUGGUGAUCGCUAUGGCCAGGCCGAGUACUCUCGAACAGAGCGCCCUGAUGGCAGCAGUCACGAACAGUACAGCCGGUACGAGCAACGAGACUCUGAGGGUGGCCGUCACACCGGAGGCUACGGCUAUGAGGAGCGAACAGAGACUCACCAGUCUUACUCGGGUAGCUACCAGCGCACCGAGCGCCACGAGUACCAUGGCUCAACUGAGGAGGGCUAUGGCCGCCGCCGUGACGACGACGAGGGCGGUUACGGUCGCCGUCGUGAUGACGAUGAAGGAGGUUAUGGUCGCCGCCGCGAUGAUGAUGAGGGCGGCUAUGGCGGUGGUCGACGCCAUGAGGAGGGCGGCUAUGGCGGCGGUGGUUAUGAGCGCCGCGAGGAGAGCCACAGCCGCCAUGAACGUCAAGAAGAGGGUGGCUACGGAGGUGGCUACGGCGGUGGUGGUUAUGGCGGCGGUCACGAGCGCCGUGAAGAGGGUGGCUACGGCGGGGGCUACGGAGGCGGCGAGCGUCGUGAGGGGGGCGGCUACGGUGGUGGUUAUGGCCAGGACAACUACGGUCGUCGUGAGGAAGGCGGCUACUCUGGAGGAGCCGCCGACGAGUACGUCCGCCAGAGCCAGGGCCAGGGAGGCUACGGCGGCGGAUAUGAGCGACGUGAUAAUGAUGAGUACGGCGGAAAUGGCUAUGGUGGUGACCGACGCUGGUAA